AAAAUUUAUAAUGUUUAUACAAAUUAGGUGAAAUAUUUUAAUAAAUACCGACAAGCGUAUCACAAUUUAAUUCAUUUCUAAAGUGUUUAUCAAGUAUAAACUUGUAAUACUUUUAAUUAAAAUAACUACAACUAAAUUUUACAUUUUCAAAUCAAAUAAAAUUAUUACAAUAAUUAAAUUAGUUAACUAUCAUUAAGAAUUAUGAAGGUCAUACUAUUGGCAAUUAUAAUACUGUUUAAUACGGCGCCCAACAAAUGUCAGACCCCUAGUAAUGCUACGGUCACACCAGUAACGGGACAACCAGGAGCUACUGCCACAACCGUUGGUCCAGUAAUAGUUCCACCAUUACCAGGAUCAAUACCACCACCACAAGGAUCACCACCAGGUAUAUCACCUGCGCCAGUAGUACCAUCAGUACCAGGAUCGCAACCAGCACCAGGAUCAACACCUGUUAACGUACCACCCGGUGGAGUCCAACCUGUCCCACCAGCUCAACCUAGCCUACCACUACCAUCAUUCCCAGUCCUACCGACACUACCAGCCCUGCCCACACCACCGGGCAUACCAACGGCCAACGGCACUGUUCCGACACCCACUAUACGACCGCCGAUUCCCGAUAUAUUCGCCAUAAUUCAAACAUUUGGCGAACUAUUCAUGCGGUUUGGCUUUGAGUUCGUC